CACGGCAAACUGUCCCGGGGCGAGGAGUGUUUGCUCUCUCCCCCUAGUGCUCGAUGGUUGGGUGUCGAUUUCCUGAGAGAUUUCUGUGAGGCAGUGCGGAAUUCUGCUGCAGGGAGUAGUAGCGUUCUUUGUUGGCAGUGAGUUAUGAUAUAGCCAUCAGCUGUGUUUGGAUCUUAGGUUUGUCGGAGUCGCGGCGUGGCGGAGCGCAGCUGUGCAAGCUGCUGCCAUGGCGUUGCUCCACAGUUCUGCUUUCUGCGUCUCCAGUGCUGGGAGUUCUACCAUUGGGACCGAGAAUGCCACACAUACAAGCUCGCCUGUGUACGUUUCUAGAUUUUGUUUGAAGAGUUUUCAAUCCAGGGCUUUGCAGAACGGUGUUCAGAGUUUGAGUGUUGGCGUUAGGAGGUCCUCGACUGCUGUUGCUGUUUCCAGUUCGAAGCGUGAUGGUGUAGAAAAGGAGGUAGCCACCACCAUAGACCUCGUGACGGACUCAGGAGCUUCAUUGGAGCUCUUAAGAGAUAAGCUUGCAGCCGGGGAGUGGGAGGCAGCCGACGCCGAAACUCGGAGAUUGCUGUGCGUAUUGGCUGGUGAGGAGGCAGUGAAGAGAAAAUGGGUCUAUUUUUCUGAGGUCAAGUUUAUCUCUGUCUCUGACCUAACGAAGGUAGAUAGUUUAUGGAAGCAAUAUAGCAAUGGAAAAUUUGGGUACAGCGUACAGAAGAAGAUAUGGAAUAACUCCGGAAAGACAUGGAAUGCUUUCUUCAACAAGGUGGGAUGGACUCGACCUUUGGAUGAAUACCAAGAUACUUACAAGAAGUUCCCUCUGGAGUUUAUGUGGGAUGUUGCGGACCCAACCCCUGAAGGCCACUUACCUCUGACGAAUGCAUUGAGGGGGACGCGGUUGUUAGAAGAAGUCCUUAACCACCCAGCAUUCGACGCCGUCGAUGAACAGGCGAAGCUGCGGUCGACGCCGGCAAGCCUUUUCGGAUAAUUCUUGUUAGUUCAUCGUAGGCAUUCUAACAGUAUGCGGUCUUGCAGACUUGAAUUCUGUACUAGAUAAGUAAUGCAGAGCUCUGAUCUCGGGAGAACGAGCACACUGGUAGUCUGAAGGUGAUAAUAAAGGUGGAGACACGUAUCCUGUUCAGGCAUCUCCUCACUUUCAAUAGUUGGUAUGAUUCGUUGCUCAGCGUUGGGUGUGCCACACUUGUACCAGAUGAUAAUCGUGACCAUCAAAACCUGACAAGGCCUUUGUUGUAUAUAGGUAGAGGAGGACACUAUAUCGUAUUGGAAGAGCACAUGAAAUGAGGCUUUUCUUAUUUUUCUUUUCUUUUUUUCUUUUCCCUCUCUUCAUUUUGGUUGAAGGAUAUUGUGGGUUUCCUUUCAUCUCUGCAACUACAAUGACUGUAAUCUCUACUUUGAUACUCUGUCUGGAGUUGAAAGAAGUAAUUGAUCUUUGGAACUCAAAAGAGGCGUUUUUAGACA